AUGGCUUGUCUUGUCGGCGUAUCGUCUCAGAUGACGUCUGAUGCUGCAUCCAAGACUGAACAGGAAAACAGACGCCAAGCGCAGAAGACCUCGCAAUUAGUUCUUCCAUGGGAUGAAAGUUUCACUUUUACUCAUGAAAGUGCAUCAGUGAUUUUGACAGAAUACCGGACGGAGAUGGCUUUUUACUGCCCUAGUGUUGUCAUCCCACUUGACAUGACUGUUCCAGAGUUGCAGCAAAAAAGUCCACUUCUCUUGGGUGCGGUUCAAAUGGUGACUUGUAUCGACGACGCAAUUCGGAAGAAACGCAUGACAGAUCAGUUUCUAGAGCAUGUUAGCCGUUCCAUUGUUAAGAAACGGCAAAGCAGUCUUGAUAUCCUGCAGGCGAUCUUGGUGUGCAUAUCAUGGUAUCACCUAUUGCCCGAACCCGAAGCACAACUGUCUAUCAUCUUGCACCUGGGUCUGGCCAUGCUACGUAGACUUGGCCUCCAUCGAAGACCUAAUCCAUCUGGUGGAAAACUACCGCAAUCUUGCGAGCGUGACAAUGCUCCUACCACGGACGAAAGGAGAGCCUACCUCGGGUGCUUUUAUACCACCUGUGUAGCUGCAAUAUGUGUCAAAGAUAUGGAUCCUCUUAGAUACACGAGCUACACUGAAGAAUGCUGUCGCGUACUUGAGGAGCUGCAGGAAUAUCCUACAGACAUGUGCCUUGUCCAGCUGUCACGACUAAAUCGUAUGGCCCACAAGAUCGUUCAGAUACUUCCCUUUGAUUCGUACAAUCAACCGCACAUAUGUUCGUCAGAUUCAAUCCAAACGUGUGUCAAGGCUCUUGGAGCGGAAUUGAGGCAUUUGAAACCAUCUAGCGCGCAUGACCGCAUACAGGACUCCAUCCUGGCAUUACAGUAUCACAGUCUGGAGCUCCUCUUAUAUGAGUCCGCUCUGGAAGACCACUCCUCAAAGAGCGACCGAAGUAGCACCGGGGUGCAUUAUGAUAUCCUUCACUCAUCCUUGGCCUCAGCGAAAGCCUUUUUCUCAACGUUCUCUUCUCUUGCGCCUCAAUAUUUUCUCUAUCUCCCAUACUCGGUCUACCAGCAAUACUACCAUGCUGUUGAUUCAUUAUCUAAAUUUCUGCUCUUGGCAUGGAAGGAACGCGAUCAGAUCGACACACGUAUUACCAUGGACGUUGCGACGGCCGUUAACAUGUUCAUCGCAAAGGCGAAAGAGGCGGUACAGCUUCUUAAUCACGAAGAAUCAUCACUCUGCGCGGAGGAAAUACUGCAUCAACUCAUAGCACGAGUGCGUGCAUUUGAGGAGCUGCAUGAAGCAAGACUUGCUGGUGUCGAAUCUUAUGACAUCGAUAGGGGUGCUGCGAGCCGGAAUUCAAUACGAGAUGCGACAUUUGCGCUACCGCAUGACAUGUCGUGGCAGUUUCUGGAUUCAGAAUAA